AUGGAGGAUUUAGAUGCUUUGCUGGCAGAGCUGGAGCUGAGCUCUCACCUGGAUGCCAAGGACUGUGUGCUGCAAGUGCCAAGCUCCAGCAAGCGGGAUCUGGCCACAGAUGAGCCCACAGGCCCCUGUGGCCCUGAGCUGCUCACCUCUGCAUCCCUGAAGGUGCAGCUGCCACCUCGGGGUCAGCCCCUAAGAGAGGAUUUGAAGACAGUCUACAGCAGCCCUGUCCCACAGCCACUGGUCCCCGUGCCCCCAGCCCCACCCACAGCGGCUGCCCAGGAGCUAGAAGAGCUCCUGGCUGACUUGGGCCACAUGCAGAGUAAGCCCUCGCUGGACAAUAUGCUUGGCAGCCUCACCCAGGACCUGCAGGAGCUGGGCAUCGCAGCCGCCCCUGCCGGCAUCUGUGCCACCUGCCACAAGCCCAUUGCUGGCAAGGUGACCCCCUUCACCCCCAUCCUGGCACCCCUCUUGCAGGUGCUCACGGCCCUAGGCAAAACCUGGCACCCUGAGCAUUUCACCUGUGCCCGCUGUGGGCAGGAGCUUGGCGGCCGUCCCUUCUUUGAGCGGGGUGGGCAGGCAUACUGUGAGGAAGACUACCACCAGGCCUUCUCCCCGUGCUGUGCCUACUGUGCCGGCCCCAUCCGUGAGAAAGUCCUCACGGCCCUGGACCAGACCUGGCACCCUGAGCACUUCUUCUGUGCCCACUGCGGGAAGGUGUUCGGAGAUGAUGGUGUGUCCUAG